AUUUUUUCUGUUUUCAAUGUCGUUUUCACAGCUCUUUGAUCUUAUUACUGUUAAUUGUUUUUCUUUAAUAUUAAUUUACGAAACCUGAUAUUUUAUAAGAGUCAAACCUGAGAGGCCCUGUUUAGGGAAACCUUUACAGAUAUUUAUAAUGAACUUCGUACAUAUAUUUUACUCUGAAUACACGUAUAGAAAAUAGUAGUUUGAAAAUUUACACCAGAAAUUGAACAGCUACUUAUACUUCAAAUGAGAGUUAACUAUACAUUAUUAUUGAAACCAUAAUAUGAUGAAUGAGACAAUUUAACAGUCUUACUGUGUUUAGAAAAUGCUUUCGUACGAAAUUAUAAAUCAAGAAGAUACAGCUAUAAUUAGAGAAGUGUAUGACAAUGAUAACUCGCAAGAGAUAUUUGAACAAGAGUUGGAUAAUGCAUUGGAGGCUGGCUAUAAAUAUAUUAUAAUUGAGCCAACACAAUUGGCUGAUGAAACUGUACGGUGGAUAACAGUGGGAAAUUGUAUAUCUAAAAUCGCAAUUUUAACAGGCACUUUAUCUAUUGGAAUAGCGUACCCAUGGUCUUCAAAACCAUUGAUAUAUGGCCCGUUGUGUAUGGUAUCAUUUGUUUGCACUGGUUUGUACAUGGUUUCUUGGCAAUUUGAUCCGUGUUGCAAAUACCAAGUACACAGAGAUCCAAGGUUGAAAUCUCUGCAAAAAGAAGAUAACACGCCACCAUUGCCAGUAGUUAUAGAGCGAGGUAGCGAUACUAAACGGAAAAUUGUUCACACCACCGUAACCACGGCAUCUAUUGCAUAUUGUAUCUGGAAACUGUAUGAGUAUUGCAAGUAACAUGCUCGCAUACUUACUAAAAUCGAGCACAUGAUGAAUUGUAAAUUUUAAACAAGCAUUCUAACUGUACAGUUGCAAGUCGAAAGAAGAAUAAUGAAGCUCUUAUAUUUUUGUGUUAAAUAGAUUAAAAUACUAUAUAUUUUAAAAUCAUUUUAUAUUAUACCCAAUAUUUUCAACAUUAAUUUUUUAAUAUACUUUAUCACAACUACCAAAUAUAUUUUUUUUAUUAAAAAAACAAAACAAAAAAAGUCAUUGUUAUCAUUUUAUUGUGAAUUCAUAAAUGUAUAUUUGUUAUAACAAACAAAAAUAGUUGUUGCGAACAUUUCUUACACUUGAUGGUAACGGAUGAGCAAACUGAUACUUCUCAAACAUCUAAAUUAAGUUUUUAAAUUAGCCAGAAUUUUAUUUUUGUAGUUUAAAAAAAUCUACACAUUUAUUAAUUAAUUAAUUUAAUAAAUUACUAACAUUUGACCAUGCUGUUGCCAUUAAAAUAAAAAGGUAUAUGUAUUGGUUUUGUCAAAUGAAGAGAAUAAUUGUGUGUCAAUUUAAAUUUAAAUGUUAAGAAUAACAAAUUUUAUGUAUUUUGUUUAAUUUUGUGUUCGAAAUUUCAAUAUUCAUAAAUGUAUUACAUAUAAUGUUCAAAUGAAAGUAACAGAACAAUUAAUUUGUUUAGUUAAUUGUUUUUAUUUUAAAGGCAAUAAUUGUCAGUAUAUUAAAUGACCAUUCUCAUUAUACAUAUAAUUCUAUUUUCUAUUAAUAAAGAUCCUAGAGAUUUAAGUCGAAUGUAGCAUGCCAAAUUAAGUCGCACUUGUAAAAUGCAUAUAAAAUUCCCAUACUGUUUUGAUAAUAGUAUUAUAAUGAUCAAUAUUUUUUUUAAUAUCAGCAACGUAUCCUACCAUUGUUUAAAUUAUAAAAUUUACGAAUUCCAUUGUCUGUAAAAUUUUUUCUAUUUACAGACAAAUUAAUAAUUUGUAGAUACCAUUAUUUGAUAGACUGAAAAUUUAAAGUAUAUUUAUUUAGGUUUUACAAUCUUCAAUUUUGAAUGUGAUUUAUUGUUAAACCUCCUUGUUUGCAAGUAGUAAAAUAA